CUCUCUUAUGAUAAAGUGGACUUCUCACUGGCAGGGGCCAUUAACCAGGAGUUCCUUGCCACACGCAGCAAUGAGAAAAGAGAACUACAGGAACUCAAUGACCGCUUUGCCAGCUUCAUAGAGAAGGUCCGGUAUUUAGAGCAGCAGAACUCAAAGCUGACUCUGGAGCUGGGUCAGUACAAGGACCAGCAGCAAGGGCCAUCAGGCCGCAUCAAUGAGCUGUGCCAGCAGGAGAUGAGAGAGAUGCGCAGACAGCUGGAACUGAUGGGCAAAGAUCGAGACCAGAUGCAGGUGGAGAGAGACAACCUGGCCGAAGAUGUGGCCCUGCUCAAGCAGAG